AUGUUUCGCACGACUUUGCUGCGCAUCCGACCGCAUCCUUUGCAAUUUCGCAAACCAUACACACGACCCUAUGCAUCCGAAGUCAAGCCCACGCCCACAGCGCAAUCCCGCAUUGAACGUUUCAAUCGCCGACUGCCCACCUUCCUUCACAAGUAUACACGUGCGCUCGGCAAUGCUCCCAUCUCGCAUAUAACAUCCUUUCUCAUCCUCCACGAAUUGACCGCCGUAAUACCCCUCUUCGGCCUCGCAGCCUACUUCCACUACACACACUGGCUUCCAUCAUGGUUCGCGGAAGGUGCAUUUGUCUUGAAUGGAGUCGAGCGCUUCGGGCGGUACUUCAAGAGGAAGGGCUGGAUCAGGAGUGAUGAGGCCGAAGAGGCGGCACUGGAGGUCCGCGAGCUACAACACGACAAGGAAGAGAUAAGGGAGGAUGAGAAGGGCCAGAAGGAGACGAGGCUGAGAAGAGUGGACAAAGCAUGGAAUGUGAGUGAAGGAGGAGUGAGGUUGGUUGUGGAGUUUGCGACGGCAUAUGCGAUUACGAAAGCUUUGCUUGUGCCGAGGAUUAUGUUUAGUGUGUGGGCGACACCGGCAUUUGCGAGAUGGACGGUCGUACCGGUCGUGGCAAAGGUAGGGAGAUUGUUUAAGAGGGGAAAGAAGAGCUCUGGUGCGGGAACGGGCGCUGUGGAGGGAGAAUCGUGCCGCGAUGUCUUUGACCUCUCUCGUCAGCUGGCACUUGGUUGGGAAAACAUCAGCAAGUCGACAACCACCAAGAUGUGUUUCAGCGACCAGGAUACAUACACGACUCGGAUGCGCGUCCGCAAGGGCGAACGCUACUCGGAGGAAUACUCGCAGCCCCGAUAUGGCAUGUCAUGGCGUCGCAGGAACGGCUUGGGAGGUUCUUACUACCCUUCGAACUACUAUUGUCGUCGUCCGAGUGGUCGCUACAUGAGCGGCGCUAUUACGCACAAUCGAUACUCGCGCUAUGGAGGUCAAGCUCAGCGUUAUGGAUACGGCCAACGCGGUUACGGCUACGGCCAGCAGGGCUACGGCUACGGUCGUCAAGGUUUUCCUCAGCAGAUUGGCUAUCCUCCUGGUGUCUUUCCGGGUGGGUAUAUUGGACAGUCAUCGGGCUAUGGCCGUUACUAUCCCGACAAUCGCGUGGCGAUGCAGCAUCACGGCGCCAUGGCAUAUCCAAAACCGCGCCAUCAAUACAUCUACACGCCUCGCUAUGGCCAACGCGGCGUCCUCACCUAUGCCGGCCAAACGCCGAACGGGGCGCCUCCGACUGGCGUCAUUCCCAAUGGCGGCAUGGGUAUAGGCAUGGGGAUGGGUUACAGCGGUGCCGGCAUGGGAAUGGGCAUGGGCGUUGGUGUCGGCGUCGCAGCAGGUGGCUACUACCCCGGGGUACAAGCAGCCCGUUCCUACUAUCAGCCCCGAAAUUCUUACUACGGCGGCGGUGCCAAUUACUACAAUGGCUACUCCAGCUACCACCCCUCUUACGCCCCGGCUUACAGCGGCUACUACAAUUACAACAUGUAUGGUUCGCUGUAUCCGCUUGCUAACUUCUACUCCCCUUACCAGAGGUCUUACUACAACACGGUUCCUAGCUACGGCUACGCGACCCAGGCUUACGUCUACCCGCCCGGACCGAGUGCGACGACUACCACGACGACUUAUCAUGUGCAGAACAGCCAUGUCGGGGGUGCGGGCUAUCGACACGACUAUGUUCCGACUGCUCAGGCUCCGGCCCGCGAGGACUACCAGACCGAGGCGAGGCGGGUUGCGACUGAGCGCGGUGCGUAUGAUCUGAGGCGCAUCAAGCCGGCUGAUGCGCGUAGCGACGACCCGUUUUGGUGCCGUGAGAGGAACGGCGAGUGGCAUUUGAGGACGUACUACCAGAUCGAGAACGAGUGUCACCCGGGUACUUGGAAGAUGGAUGCCGAGCAAGGGUUUCUGGUCUUCCAUAGGGACUAG